CAUGAGCCUUGGUUUCACCUUAUACCUAGUGUGAGUUACAAUGAUUUACACUGGGCUCUGAGUGCAUAACCAAACAUGCAAAAACCUCAUUCAAAAGGACUUUCUUAAAAAAUAGAAUAUGAUAUAAAAAUCCAGAGGACUUAUGUUCGAUUGCAAGAUAAUGGAUAUGCAACACUGGCAGCAAUCCUGUUAUGAGCCCUACUUACCAAUCACAGAGAAAUCAAAUCCAAUUACCAGAGACAUUGAUAGAGCAAAUCCCAAAGAAAUAGUACAAAUGCUGCAAAAAUGCGAUGCAGAAAUCUUUGAAAGAACAUCAUAUGGAAAUCCCAUGUAUCAGACACUGAACAGCUUAUCAGUGGUUCAGACAAUAGUGGAUGUGUCUAAGAGGGUUGAAGAGAUUCUCAAGGAUCCAGAAGACAGUCUCAUAAUCCUGAGUGGCUGCGGGACUUCAGGUCGUGUUGCAUUUCUGUUGGCGACAUCCCUUAAUAGAUUACUUGCUUCUAAAAAUCACAAGCAAAUCUACUCAUACAUCAUUGCAGGAGGUGACAAAGCCCUGCUGACAUCACAGGAAACUUCAGAAGAUGACCCUUUGCUGGGAGCUCUCUCAUUAGACAAGGCAUGUGUAGGAAAGAAGCACGUCCUCUUCAUUGGGAUAUCAUGUGGUUUGUCUGCACCAUUUGUUGCUGGCCAACUUGACUUUUGUCUGAGGAAUCUGGAGAUCUUUACUCCAGUGCUGAUUGGAUUUAAUCCUAUUGACAUGGCAAGGACUGAACCCAUAAAGAACUGUUCAUUUCACUUCAAGGAGGUUGCAGAGAGAAUGAAUGAAAUGCAGACACACCAAAAGGCCUACGUGCUCAAUCCUGCAGUAGGGCCAGAAGCGAUCAGUGGCUCUUCAAGAAUGAAAGGAGGAAGUGCCACAAAAAUAAUCAUAGAAACUAUCCUUUUGGCAGGCCACCAAGCUGCAUACAAUAAUGAAGCAGUAACUCUCAAUGGUAUACUACACUCACUCAACAUGUUCGAGAAAGUUCAUCAAAUCACUUACUCACAGACUACAGAACUAGCAGCUCUGGUUCAAAAGGCAGGUAUAAGCCUCAGAAGAAAAGGACAUGUGUAUUAUCUUGGAUGGCAGACUCUUGGCAUUAUCGGGAUAAUUGAUGCAAGUGAAUGCAUUCCAACAUUUGGAGCAGGCUUUGAAGAUAUCAGAGGCUUUGUUAGCAAUGGCUUCAGUGAAAUGGACAACAAAGAGGGAGAUCUGUCAUCUCUAGGACCACAUUUCAUUAUUGGCCAUAAGGAUUUUAUAGACAGCAUUUUACCUAAUCUGAGUGAGAGUGACACAGUGAUAUUUCUCUAUAGUGAGAAUGUUGACCUGAAUGAGGUUUCAGCACUAGCCAAGAGUGUGAGACAACGCACAUCUAACCUUCAUGCAAUUACCCAUGAGCAUAAAGGACUCAGUGAUCCUGAACAAAUGAAGAGCCUGUUUAUGACAGUCCUUACAUUUAAUUGGCCCUCAUCAUUGUAUAUGCACCAACCUGUCUUAAUGAAACAGUACUGGGAACUUUCCACUAAAUGGUGCCUCAAUGCAAUUAGCACAGGGGCCCAUGUCCUAAUUGGAAAAACGUACAUGAAUUACAUGAUAGACCUCAGAGUAACUAACAGCAAACUCUACAGAAGAGCCAUUCACAUAUUACAGAGGUUCACAGGCAGCACCCUGUCACAGUGUGAGACAGCUCUGCUAAGAGCUCUCUAUGAUGUAGAAGAGCUGAGUGAUGAGAUGAGCUCGACUGAUGUCACACAACACACAGUUGUGGCUAAUGAAAAGGGCAAUGUUGUUCCCAUUGCACUGGUGAUGCUACAGACAAGACGCACCAUCGCUGAGGCCAAGUCCUACUUAAAUGCUUAUUCUGUUAUUCGGGAUGCAGUGGCUGCUUGCCAGAGGUUACUUUAAUAGAGGAGCACUUAAGAGUGCC